AUGGACUGCCGCAAGUUAAAUGCAUGGACUGAGAAAGACCAUUUCCCAAUGUCGUUCAUGGAUCAGAUGCUAGAUCGUCUUGCUAGUAAGGAUUUUGCUAACUACUUGGCAAGUGAUUUGGUUUCGUCGGAUUUAUCAUUUCACCAAAGUAAAAAGUUCAUGUCUGAUUUGAAGAAAUUCUUUUGGGAUGAGCCUUACUUGUUUCGUGUUUGUGUUGAUGGGAUUAUUUGUCGCUGUGUGCCCGAGUGUGGGCAUUACUUGUCUACCAUCCACCAAGAUGCUCAUGAUUUCGCCAAGUCUUAUGAUCGUUGCCAGCGUGAGAGAGGAAUUUCGAAAAAACAAGAACUGCUAAUGAACCAAGUACUGGUGAUUGAGCUUUUUGAUGUUUGGUGUCUUGAAUUUAUGGUGUCGUUUGUGAGUUCUAAUGGGAUGAAGUACAUUCUUGUGGCGGUUGACUAUGUAUCAAAAUGGGUGGAAGCAGUUGCGCUUUCAAUCAAUGAGGGAAAGAGUGUAGCCGCGUUCCUGAAAAAAUAUAUCUUCUCCAGAUUUGGUACACCAAGGGCAAUCAUAAGCGAUGAAGGUUCUCACUUUUGUAAUAAAUUGUUUAAGGCGUUGCUUGAGAAUUAUAGUGAUCGCCACAGCGUAGAAACUCCGUAUCAUCCACAGUCGAGUGGGCAAGUUGAAGUGUCAAAUCGCAAGAUAAAGCAAAUUCUUGCAAAGAUCGUCAAUGCCAACAGAACUGACUUGUAA